AGAUGAACAUGAAGAGGAAGCUGAGGCUGUAUUGCGCGAUAAGAGCUCGCAGCAUAUCAAACCCAUUCUGGAUGAACUUAUAAAAACAGAGGAGACUUAUGUGGAGAAUUUGCGCAUUGGUCUGGAGAAUUAUGGAAAUAUAUUUGCACGAAAAGACCUGCCCAUUGGAUUGCGUGGCAAAAAAUAUGUGCUGCUUGGUAAUAUUGGUCAGAUCUACGAAUUCCAUUUGGAGGAAUUUCUACCAAUGUUGCACGCGAACAGAAGAGACUUGAAGCGAAUAUUUGAUGAAUUUCAGCACUACAUUGAUAAAAAUUUGUUCUAUUGCUACGUCAUAUUUACAAUGAACAAACAACGCUCGCUCAAAUUAUGUGAUACCUAUAAAAAUUAUUUUAAGCGCAUACAAAACGAGUUGGAUGACAAGUUGGGCAUUAAUAGCUUCCUGGUCCAGCCCAUACAGCGAAUGGCUCGAUAUCCGCUGCUGCUGCAACAAUUUAUCACGACCCUCUUCAAGCACCGCGACUUCGAAAUCAAGCCACUGCUUGAGUCCUGCUGUCGGCUGGAGAAGAAAAUGCGCACACUGCUCACCACAACCAACGAAUCGGAAGUAAUUAACGACAUAAUCGAGUGCAAUGAGUUCAACGUCUUUCAUCAGGGCAAAUUCCGCAAGGUC